AUGUCGACUAUCCCGGUAAAGCGCGGCCAGGUCUGCGACAACUGCCGAUUCCGCAAGGUUAAGUGUGAUCGCGGCCUGCCCUGUAAGAACUGUCACAUCGGAGACCUCCGUUGCCAGUAUCGCCACAGCAUUCGGAGGAAGGGCCCAAAGCAGGGUCAAGGGAGACGACAGACGCAGCUGAGACAGGGUCUGGGUAUUGAUGAGUAUCAAUUCCAGAUACUCACAUCGGAAGCGCCGCCUGGGUCAGCCAGUAAUAGUCGUGAAGAUGCCUCAACAGACCCUCAGCCCAACGCCCAGUCAUUCUCAUCUCCACCAACAAACAUCGACUCUGCUCCACAGCCAGAGCCAGAACCAGAGUCGGACUCGACAACACCACCCAAUGACGCGACUAUCGAUACUGGAGACCUCUGCAAACGCAUGUCGCUAUCACUCGUUGCUCACAUACGACUCUUCCAGAGGUUUCUCUACCCCAUUAUGCCAGUUGUUGACGACGACAUCCUCGCCGAUGCAGCUCGACUAGACGACAUACCACCUUCCAGAUACGCUCUAAUCCUUGCAAUAUGUGCCGCAACAAGAAUGCAACUCCGGCUUGACAAGAGGAUCGACAACUGUGAGAAUGACCUGAAUGCGCAAAUUCCAGCCGAGCCACGCUUAACGGGAGACAUGCUCGUCAACCUGGCUGAGACCUCACUCCGCCAAUACAGCGUGAUAGAUGAUACAACUCUCGACUCAGUGCUCGUCUCCUUCUUCCUAUUUGCAAGUUAUGGCAAUCUCAACGACCCGCGUCACGCCUGGUUCUAUCUCAACCAGAGCAUUACUCUCGCUCAGUCGCUCGACCUGACAAAAGAGUCUGGCUAUCAUGGUCUACCCGCUGAACAACGCGAGAAGAGACGACGCGUCUUUUGGCUACUCUUUGUUACAGAAAGAUCAGUCAUGCUCCGAAGCACGGUCAACAAGCCCCAAAUCGUCGACUCAAAUUGCCCUGUAGUGAUGCACGACUUUAUAAACCACAUUCGCCUCUUCGAAUCUCUCCCAUAUUCACUGUACGAAUGGCAGCCCGAGGGUGACGAUCAGCGCUUCGAUGACUUGAAGCUUGUAAAUACCAUCAACGAGAAGCUCUGCAGUGUGCAGCCAGACCAAUCAAUUAUCGAGAGUCAACGAUUCGAUACGCUCAUCACUCAGCAGUGGCUUCGAAUAUCAAUGUGGAGGAUUGCGUUUGGUCAGAAUCCAUCGUCGGCGUCUGGCUUUGGGCUACUUCUGCCACCUUCACUUCCGAUGGAUGCAGGCAAGAUCAUCAUGUCUGCCUUGAGUUCCGUUGGAACAAAGUCGAAAGAUUGCCAUGGCAUCGGGAUGGAACAAAAGCUUUUCGAUGUCGGCGUCAGUCUCGCAGAUACCGCCCAACUCCCCGGCUGGACAUACUCUGCCCUGGAAAAUGGCCCUCGUGAUUUACUCUCCGUCGUGAUCCAUGCUCUAUCAGCUGUUCGAGGCGCACAGUCUCACCUGUUGCCCAAUCUUCUCAAGCACUCAGAGACAUUGUUUGCCCUUGCAGAUCCUAACGCGCAUCUCGAUCUGCCGUGGGAUAUGCAAGAGGCAGCAAAUGAUGAGAGGCUAGCGAUUGUUGAGGAACUGUCGCCCGAAGAUGAACAGCCCGUGGACCCGUUGGGCUGGGUUCCAAAUGGUAAUCUCGACCUGUUGGACUUGAGUACGCCUGUGGUGACGACGAGUUGGGAGGAUGCGACGAUAUCGUGUGGCCAGUUUGAUCCCGAGAUCGGACUUUCUUUCAACUGA